UCCACAGCUAUAUCCUACUGCACAAAUCUCCCAUCACUCUCUCCACUAAGCUAGAACUUGUGAAAUGUCCAGCGAUAGAGUGGAGAAACCUUUACCAGAUAUUCCUGAAGAUGAUGGUAGCAGAGAUGAUGAGAAGGACUUUGGAAAUGUUUUUGCUGAACUUGAAUCUGUGGACUUGCCCCUGGGAACCACAUUAAGAUCUGUGUACGAUGACCAGCCUAAUGCCCACAAGAGGUUUAUGGAGAAGCUUGAGGUCAGGAUCCGUAACCAUGACAGAGAGAUAGAGAAGAUGUGUAACUUCCACCACCAGGGGUUUGUGGACGCCAUCACCGAGCUGCUCAAAGUCCGUGCCGACGCAGAGAAACUGAUGGUGAGACAGGAGACCCAAUCAAAUCAAAGUGUAUUAGUCACAUGCUCCGAAUAUAACAGGUGUAGUGAAAUGCUUACUUACAGAUUGAAUCAGAAUUGUCCCUGUGCCCUCAUGGAGGCUGAUCUGAUUACAAGGUGA